GGAAACUUGAUACUCAUUCUCCAGCCGACCAUGUAAUGCGCAUGGUUUUGGGGGCAAGCGAUUUCGCCGCCCGGUCUCAAUGCGGAUCUUCGAAAGCUUGCUGGUCGCAGUGACUGCAUUGGACCACCAAUGCCAUGAUCCUCUCUACAAAGCGCAUUGGUUUGGUGAGUAUGGAUCAGCAACUGUGGUGGAUUCCCAGAGGGAAGCCACCUUGAGCAGCAUCCCGACGGUGCACAAAGGCCUGAAGCUGUGUCCGAAGUACAACAUGAAAGCUUCUUGCUGCAGUGUCGCGUUUGAGGAAGUGCUCGCACGACACUACAACUACUUCCAGAAGCACAUUUUCCCUUCAAAGCUGGUUCGAGUGAUCGAGCACCAUCAAUCAGUCUUGGAGGUGAUGAAGAGCGAGGAGUACCAAGCAGCCACGCGUCUCGAAAAGGAACAGUUUGCUUUCGCACUGGAACGCUUCUCCCCGGUGCUGCAACCCAAGGUUCAUUCAGAUUGUUGGUCUGCUAUGCUGACCUACACAGCUGGGAUGAGUUGCUUUGCCUGCAAGCCGGAUUGGAUGAGCUACGUGACGCCCCGCUGUCCACCUCAGUGCUCCGAGGUGCUUCGUGUGCAUAUCCAUCCAGAAGAUUGUGAAGAGUUAUGGAUUCGAUGUGAAUCCUUCAGCCUUGCAGCCAGGGCGCUCAGGGAAGCUCUUCUGGAUUCGUUGUUAGCCAAGCAGGCACGGAAGCCCGUGGAAGAUCUGACGAUGUUCGAGGAUCAACAGGCCCUGUGCAGCUGGCUCCAUGACUUGGUGGCCUUGCACCCAUUGCAACUGCCCAGUGAGGCGGAGAAGGAGGCCUCGCCUCUGGAGCCGAGAGACGCCAGGAUCCUCUUUGACGUGACCAGCCAGUUCUUGCGGGUCAUGGAUGAGGGUCGAGCCUCCAACUUUGACACGCAUUCGCCAGGUGCGGGCGAUGGUUCCCACGCGCGGCGUGCGCACGCCGCGGGGAGCCUGGCCCUGCUGAGCGGGGCGGUCUGGCUCCGUUGGCUCGGAGACUGAGGAAGAAUGCCACUUAGCUGAUGACCAAAGAGUCAUUUGGCGA